AUGAAUACCCCCAAUCGGAUUCCUCGACUUCCUCAGAAAAGAAACCCUCAACGCUCUACAAAUUCAAAUCCUCAAUCUCUCUCGAAUCAAAAUCGACGUCUCAUCGCAGCGAACUCCUCUCAGACCCGAACUCAACGAACCGAACUCUCAACAGUUCCCAAAGAAUAUCCGGCCCGAUCAACCAAGUCUCCCGAAUCCUCGUUUAAAUGGACAAAUCCGGAUCCUUUCAAUACUGAAAGUAAAAACCGUUCGGUACGUCGGACUCUUGCGUCUCCCGCGCGCUUCGACUCCGGAAUUGACAGCAUUGCUCCUGAUUCACUGGUACCCUUCGACUGCGGCAUUGAUAGUGUUACUCCUGAUUCACCGGCAUCCUCCAAAUCCGGCAUUGACAGCGUUUCUCCUGCUUCACUGACACUCUCCAACUCCGACAUAAAUGCCAAUGCCAAUGCGCCAGAGGUGUCAAUAAAGCAACGUAUCUACAAUGCCAUACGCACCUUUGGGAUUGAGAUCAAAUCACGAAUGAAAUUGGAAAGUAAAUCGAAAAGGGAGGAGAGAAGAGCGCGAGAGAGACUAAGACGCAAGAGCAUAGCAAAUGGUGCCACAAGAGCAAAGGCCGAAGAUGCGAGGAUGAGGGCCCAGCUGGAUGUGCACUAUGAAGAGGAGCGGAGAAAAAAUAGCAAUGCGCGAAGGAAAGCAAAGGAAAAUGAGAUAGAAAUAAAGGCAAAAGAAAAACGUCGGAAGGCCCAGGAAAAGAAGCGAAAUGACCAGGAGAAGAAAGAGCGCAGGGAGGAGAAAGGGUGGGAAAAGAUGUGA